AUGUGUGCUAAUAAAAUUUUUCAUCGUAUUUGGAAUGGCUUAUUAUCACUUUUCACUACAAACAGUUUACCUGAAAUGGAACCAUUAACAAAGGAAGAGAAAAAAUUAUUGAUAGACGGUUGGCCUAAAUUGAAAGAGAAAAAUUCAGAUUUAUUUCUAAGAGCAUGGAUAAAAUCAGCACAUGGAAGUGUCAAUAUCAAAAAAGCAACCGGUUUACGAGAAGAUGAAGAACCGGAAAGUAAUGCAAGAUUCAUUUCAUUAGCACCUUUUAUUGAAGAUUUUGUUGAUAAAAUAAUUAUUGAAUUACAAUGCAAUGAUACUAAAGUAGCAGAAGAGUGUCGUAAGCUUGGUGCGAAGCAUGUGCUUAUUGAAAAUUUUCAUACGAAUUUCUGGGAUAUUUUUCUGGGUAAUUUAAUUCAAAUUAUCCUCGAGGCGCAUUCCGACGAAGAUCAACAACAAAUUUUAGCAAUUUGCAAAAAAUUUUUUGCUUUCUUUGUAAAUUUUAUGCGUGAUGGUUAUAAAAAACGAGUACAGGAACAGCUAAAUGGUCGUAGACGUAUGAAUGUUUAA